AUGGAGUCUCAGUGGCGCCGCAGUCUUCGGCAACAUCCCGACGUUGGCUCUCUGUUCGGCAAGGAGAUUGCCUCAACUGACACUCUCCGAAUGGGCAUAGAGGACUCCGCUUUCGUGGCCUUGGACACCGAGCUCAGAAGGUCAUUACCUUCCACUAUCGCUAUACCUCUCCAGGUUGGCGUUGCAUAUAUGCCCUCGUUGGAAUAUCGGAACGAGCCAUUUCACGAUUCCCUGCAGAAUUUCACCCAACGACAGCAUAUCCUCGCAAGCGCAACGACUGUCAUGAACGACAUGCAAAGGCAGCCCCUCCGCCAGACUGAGCGAAGGUCGAUGCGAUUUGGACACGAUUUGUCAACUGAACUCGGAGAGUUCUAUUCGGCGAAAUGGUCCUUUCUCGCCCAAUUCCCUCGACUAACACGACACUUUUCAGCAUGGCUAGACGUCAAGCGCAUCAUUCAUGAUGCUAUUCCCCAAGGCAAAACGGCAGGCUUGCGCGGAACCUUAACAAUCCUCGGUUAUCCUCGAACAGACACCAACAGACACGGCCAACACAAUGCUGGCGAUGACGCUGUUAUAACCCUAGCUGCGUUGGAGGCUGUCUUGGUCCCUGAGAACCAGGCAACCCUACGUUUCAAGCAGCUGUGCCGUCAGAUAAUCUUACCACAAGAACGACUCGACCUUCUCAAGUGGCCAUUUGCAGCGAACAUCCGGACUCUGGACCAUGCCGCGCUCCCCGAGUCAUUGAACAGUGCUGUCAAGCUGUCUGAACGCUUUUUCGCCGACUACGUCCAAGACGUCUAG